UGGGCUGGAUUGCUAGAGUGGGAUUUCUAGUCUUUCGGAGCGCAGUAUAUUUUUGCUUGACUAUCUUUAGAUCUGUGUGCGUUUAACAGUAAUAAAGACAUAUUUUCUGAAUCGGUAAAUGUCGAUAUUUCAGACUGGAUCUUUACAUCUGUAUACCGUCUCCAAUUGGAAUAAAUAAUUGAGGAAUGUGGAAAUUACAGAAUGCCCAACAGCGUUGGAAAGAGAUUUAAACCCACCAAAUACAUCCCGGUAUCUACUGCUGCCACUUUUCUUGUGGGAUCCACCACCUUAUUCUUCGUUUUUACGUGCCCCUGGUUGACCAACACGAUCUCCCCCGCCGUGCCUCUCUACAAUGGCGUCGUCUUCCUAUUUGUGCUGGCCAACUUCAGCAUGGCUACCUUCAUGGACCCUGGAGUCUUCCCCAAAGCGGAUGAGGAUGAGGACAAGGACGAUGAUUUCCGGGCACCUCUCUACAAGAAUGUAGAGAUCAAAGGAAUUCAGGUCCGGAUGAAAUGGUGUGCCACCUGUCACUUCUACAGACCGCCCCGCUGCUCUCACUGCAGUGUGUGUGACAACUGUGUGGAGGACUUUGACCACCACUGCCCCUGGGUGAACAACUGUAUCGGGCGUAGGAACUACCGUUACUUCUUCCUGUUCCUGCUGUCGCUAAGCAUCCACAUGGUGGGCGUGUUCUCCUUCGGCCUGCUGUUCGUGCUGCACCACAUGGAGCAGCUGGGCACGUUGCACACCACCGUUACUCUAGUGGUGAUGUGUAUAGCAGGGCUCUUCUUCAUUCCAGUCAUGGGCCUGACAGGCUUCCAUAUGGUCCUUGUCGCCAGAGGUCGCACCACUAACGAACAGGUGACGGGCAAGUUCCGUGGAGGAGUAAAUCCCUUCACGCGGGGUUGCUGUGGCAACAUCAAGUAUGUCCUGUGUGCUCCCCUGGCGCCCAGGUACAAUGGUGUGGACCCCAGGAAGAAGCCCCCUGUCUCCAUCCAACCCCCCUUCAUCAGACCAGACCUCUCUGACAGACAGAUCAGCAUCAAGGUCAGCAACAACGGGAUCCACACCAGUAUCCUCCAGUCUAAAUCCAAGAUCAGUCUGGAUGGCCUGGCCGUGGAUGACAAAGGCCUAGACACCCAGCCUCCGCUACCUCCCAAAGCAGAACGCUACAACCAGCUGAAGAGCCAGCUGACGUCCAGCCAAGAUAGUUCCCUGUCCGGCAAGACCCAUCCCUCCACCCCGGCCAUGUACAAGUACCGGCCCUCGUUCGGCACCAUCCCUAAAGUCCAUUACCAUGCGGCAGGAGAGAAGAUUGUAAUGCCAGAUGACCACCGUAAGGCGUCAGCCAUCUUGGAGGAGGGCCGUUGCCAUGUCGACUACCGCUCAGAGCCCAACCUGGACCUGCCUGACUACCGCAACGCCCCUCUCCACCGCUCCUUCCAGUCCUCCCCACUGCAACUGGACUCCUACCCCAUCAACUCCAGCUCCCUCAACCUGAAGCAGGCCCACCAGCGCAGGGACAAGGGCCAGCUGCCUGUCCUGCAGCCUGAGACCGUCACCUCCACCCCAUACAAGAGCGUCUUCUCCCCACUGUCCAACCGCAACAGCAGCCUCUCCUACGACAGCCUGCUCAACCCCAGCAUUUCCCCAGCCACUGCAGCCGAGUGCAUGGCCCACCCCGGCAUGCCCUCUAUGGGCUCGCACUCACCCUACCUGCCAACCAAAAUGUGCCACGUGCGGGGGCCUGAACCUCAGAUCCAGAAGCAGCAGGUCCCCCCCAGCUUCAGCCCGGUGUUGGGCUCCGGGGGGAUGGGGAUGAGCAGGGGCAGGGGCAGGCAGUCCCCACAGAACAGGGACCUGUCCCCGGUGUUGGGCUCCAGGGGGAUGGGGAUGAGCAGGGGCAGGCAGUCCCCCCAGGACCGGGACCUGUCCCCGGUGCGCUACGACAACCUCUCCAAAACCAUCAUGGCCUCCAUCCAGGAGCGUAAGGAGAUGGAGGAGAGGGAGAAGCUGCAGCACCAUGGGGGGUGCUCCCAGGCUCAGUCCUAUGCCCAGGCUCAGGACUCAGGCAUGUUCGACAGCUCUGGAGGGUACGGCCUGCCUCCCAGCGCCUGCUACCCGGAUAGUCCCCGGGACCCCAGCUCCAGAGGUCCCACGCCUCCAGCCUACAGAGGCUCUAGGGACAACCUGAUGGGGGUGGUGAGCUACGGGCCUCGGACCCCCGUGCUGCGCUCCUCUGGUGGCUCCUCUCUGGCACGUGCCCCCAGGACUUCCUCCAGCUCCCUGCACACUGACAGCAGCAUGCAGGGAGGCAGGGUCCCUGAGACCCCCUGCCGCUCCCCACCCCACCAGCCCCACCACUCCCCUGCCAAGCCCCAAUCCCCCUCCUACACCCACAAGAAACUCUCCUUCAUCCACGCCCUGGAGAGAACAGACUCACCCCGCCUUGGUGGCCCAAGAGAGGCCAUGAUGCAAAGUAAAGUGAAUGGGCAAACAGACUGCCAUCUAGGACCCAACAGCUCCAGUGCCCAGGGCACCACUCUCAGCCCUAGCCGCCACAGUAAUGUCAAAAAGGUGACUGGGGUGGGUGGCACAACCUAUGAGAUAUCUGUGUGAAAGGGCUGGGGCCCGGGGCGCCAAACCUUGAGGGAAGAGGCAGCAUUCUCAUGGCAUCCACAUCCACUGACAACAACAACUGUGCUACACAGAGAGGGUUCUCUUCUUCCUUUGACCUUUUUUUAUUCGAUAUUGUCCAAUCAGGGGCGCAUAGCAUUUCCUACUUGGGAAUUAUUGGCGGACCUCUGCUCUUUCCGUGCCUAGCCCUUGGUCUCUGUGUCUGUACUGGAGGAGUGCGCCGUGAUAAGUGUGUGUUUGAUGGGAAAAUAACAACUUCAACCUAAAGAGGGCUGAUGUUCUUACUGAGUGUUUUGUUGAAUUUUGUGGCUUGUUAGUCAUCAGUGGACAGUCUGAAUGAGAUCUUAAAUUUGGCGUUUACAGCAUCUCAGUUGCGGUCUAGGUGCUGUUCUGUAUGAUCACACUCACUAACCACCCACCCAGGCCGCGAGAGGUUAAUACACUGACACCCUUACACAUACAGAUGAUGCCACAUGUCUUUGUUCAGUCACAUUCUCUGAAAUAGCCAUGGUAUGGGGAGCCACCUCUAACCCAAUAAGUCAUGCAUACAGCACCAAUCCAUUCGAUUUAAGCAUACAGCACCAAUCCAUUAGAUUCAAGCAUACAGCACCAAUCCAUUAGAUUCAAGCAUACAGCACCAAUCCAUUAGAUUCAAGCAUACAGCACCAAUCCAUUAGAUUCAAGCAUACAGCACCAAUCCAUUAGAUUCAAGCAUACAGCACCAAUCCAUUGGAUUCAAACAUACAGCGUCAAUCCAUUGGUUUCAAGCAUACAGCGUCAAUCCAUUGGUUUCAAGCAUACAGCGUCAAUCCAUUGGUUUCAAGCAUACAGCGUCAAUCCAUUGGUUUCAAGCAUACAGCGUCAAUCCAUUGGUUUCAAGCAUACAGCGUCAAUCCAUUGGUUUCAAGCAUACAGCGUCAAUCCAUUGGUUUCAAGCAUACAGCGUCAAUCCAUUGGUUUCAAGCAUACAGCGUCAAUCCAUUGGUUUCAAGCAUACAGCGUCAAUCCAUUGGUUUCAAGCAUACAGCAUCACUCCAUUUGAUUCAAGCAUACAGCGUCAAUCCAUUGGAUUCAAGCAUAUACACAUACCUCUUAUGAAUUCAAGGUGCUUUCAAGGUGCUGACCGUGUCUGUCUUGUCCAACAACAUGUUGGCCAUUACCAUCGCACCAGUCAGUGUUAGAUCAAUGCAAUCUUUAAUACUGUUCUAAUACCAUCACAAGAUGGGCUGAAUGGAUAUCAAACUGUUAAAUGGCAAUACAACAGUGCUGUGUGGCACUCAGAGACACACAGGUCUUGAAUUUCUCCAACUACAUUUAUCCUCUGAGUUUUGAGGUGGUGUUUCAGGGCUUACAGUACAGGAGCAUAUUCAUCUCAACUCUAGCUGAGUUCCAGUAUUUAUUUCCCUUUAUAAACUGGGUGGUUCGAGCCCUGAAUGCUGAUUGGCUGAAAGUCAUGGUAUAUCACACCCAAUACCACAGGUAUGACAAAACAUUUAUUUUUACUGUUCUAAUUACGUUGAUAGCCAGUUUAUAAUAGCAAAAAGACACCUCGGGUUUGUGGUACAUGGCCAAUAUACCAUGGCUAAGGGCUGUAUCCAGGCACUCGACUUUGCGUUGUGAGCAUGAACAGCCCUUAGCCAUGGUAUAUUGGCCAUAUACCACAUCCCCUUGUUCCUUAUUGCUUAAGUAUAGCAUAAGCUACAGUUAUCAGUAACAUAGUCCAACAUUCUAUCUAUUGAUUUCCAUAUCAUGUUUGAGUGACCCCCGACACAGACCAGUGCUAAGAAGAUACACAAAAGCCUCUGCCACUGAGUGUUACAGAGGUGGCUGUUAUCUGUGAUCUAUCCUGAAUACCCCAACAAAACGGUCCUCCCCAUAUUCAGGACAACUCCCACCAGCUAACCAGUCAGCCAUGCACCGCCAAAACAUCUAAUAGGCAAUUUAUUACUUUUGUGACUUAGUAUUUUUAGUAUAAUAGGUCUACCCAUAAUAAGUUAUGUUAAAGCCAUGUAUAAUUGUUUUGUUAUGAUUCAUAUCAAGAGUGGAAAAAGUCUUCAGCUGUGUUACUACAUGAAAACCUGUCACCCAUUGCUAUUUAGUAGUUUUUUUUAUUGAUAUUUUUAUUUUUAUUUCCAACCUUUCGAAAAUGUUUGAUACAUCUUGCUUUUUAUACAGAUACUCAAGCUUGGAAUGGAUGUUUGGAUUUUGAGUGGAUUUUGUUAAUUUAUAACUUAAGUGAAUUAAUGAAUAAGUACCAUAGCCGAUAUAGGGAAGGGGGUAUGCUAGUUUGUUGUAUGCUACAGUGUAAAAAAUGUUAUUGAUUAAACUGUGAUGAAGCAAUGUAAAGUUAUACAAAGCGGAUGUCAUUUAAAAAAGUGUCAAAGUUGGCUACUAACCCUGAUUCUGUUAAAGCUCUGGGUACUCCUGAAAUCCAUCCACUUUAAGCAGCUGUCUGGCACAGCAAACCAAAUGAAUUACAAGACAUGAGUAAAGUCAUGGAUAAAACAAUGGGACUGUUGUUUUUUUGUUGUUCACUAAUGAAAAGAAAAUAUAGUUUGAUAGGUACAUCAAUUUUUUUUCUUUAAAAAACACUGAUUAAAUGUAGCUUGAAAGUUUCCCUCUGUUUUGUAUCUUUUCUUGUUUGUAAAAGGCUCUGAACAUUUGAGGUGAGAAAUGUCACCUGGUCAUUUGCACAUUCUUAGUGUUGAAGACAGAAUUUACAUGGAUGUAAAGGACCCUAUUUGUUUGCAACUACACACUGGAUCCAUUAAAUGACCAUUGUGGCCUUUCAAGAGGACAAUGAUGCUUACUGCACAAAGAAAUUGGAUAUGACAGGUAACCAGGUUGCACUGUGGGACAACCACCUAUGAAAUUCCACCAAUAAUUCUAAUCAUGCUUAUAGCUGAAUGGUCCCACUUAUGUAUAGACACAUAAAAAAAAAGAAGUUUGAACUUAUUGUACCUAUUCAUUGUGAUACUCACUUUAACUGAAAGUACCAUAAUUGUAGAUAUCGUAUGAUAGAUGUAUAUAUUGGGAACAUAUACAUUUAUCAGAGCACACAGAAAGAUGUGACCCUCACAUUGGAGAUAGUAGAGAAGAGAAUACCCCUUGCCAUGUAUUGUUUUUUUAGCCUGUUAUUUGUGGCACAUACCAUUCCAUUUCUCCAUCUUAUCAUAUUAUCAGUUCAAUUGCAGACCAUAAGCUUCAAAUAUGACAACACAAAUUGAUAACUGGUCCAACCCCAUAGCAGACCCUAAUUGUAUUAUAUUAAACAUGGCAAAGGGAGCUAGUUAGGUUAAUAUGCCAUACUCUUUUCAGCUGAAUGUACAGUAUUGGGUCACUUGUCUCAUAUUUAACUCAAAUUCACCUGUGUUCCUUGCAGGUGACUGACCCAACAUUGUUGAUACAUACUUGAAUCUUCCCCUUCAAGCACAGAUACACUUGACAAAAGUGAUUGUUGUUAUUCUUCCUUUAGAUUACAGACACUUUUGUUUUUUAUUUUUGCUGUCUGAUGGAUAUUUCACCAAGGGCUCGAUUCAAUCCGUAACACUGAAGUUUGAUUUGAGUCCCAAGUCACCUCACCUGAACAAUAUGAACUAUUGCAGAUUACUUGUUGCUGUAUGUCUUGCUUAUCAUAAUCAGAUGUAGUAUUUUGUAACAUUUGUUAUAUGAAUAGAAAAAUAAAUGUAGACAGUGUAUUGGAAAUACUGUUAAUGUACAUGCUUAAUUAUUUUUGUGAUGACAGAAUUAGAAUAAAGAAAAUGUUUGUCAAGCCUAUGCAUUCACUAGAUUGACGUUGAACAUUUCAGUGACACAGAUUGAAAUGUUUCUAUUUCUAUCUAUCUCAAUGAGAUUUCAGUUAUAUCUGGUGGAAUGUAUUAGAAUGCAUUUCACUUGUCACCACAUCACAGUUACAUCACUUAAAUGGUUGGUGAAUAAGUAUCAAUUACCUCAAAAAAGUAAUAAAUCAAAUGUAUUUAUAAAGCCCUUUUUACAUCAGCCGAUGUCAAAGUGCUGUACAGAAACCCAGUCUAAAACCCCAAACAUCAAGCAAUGCAGAUGUGGAAGUACAAUAGUUAGGAAAAACUCCCUAGAAAGGCAGGAACCUAGGAAGAAACCUAGAGGAACCAGGCUCUGAGGGGUGGCCAGUCCUCUUCUGGCUGUGCCAGGUGGAGAUUACAACAGUACAUGGCCAACAUGAAAGCGUUAGUAUAUCUUACUGGAUUGUGUAUAAACAUUUUAAUACAGACCAUUUUGCAAGGCAGACAGCAUUGGUUUUCCAUACCAAACUGACUGAUGCACAUAGGAAUUCCUCUCUAGGGCUGACACAAUUACCGUAUAACAACGUAACCGACGGUAAUGGAUGAAGACCGUCAUGAAAAUAAAACUGUCAUAGCUGUUUAAAAAAUAGUGUGGAACGAACAAUUUACUGAAGACGGGACAGCCAGCCAUUUGUGCGGUUCAGUCCGUUUCUGCUGUAAUUGACUCUACAACGUGACAACUUUGUUGCUCUUUGCUGAAACAAGCAAGGUGUUGUAGCAAACAAGUCUAUGAUUGCCAAGGCAAUGCCCUCUCCCUGCAGCAGCAGCACAUGCAGUCAGGAGUCAAGGAUAGGAGAAAAUGUCCAGAUUUUUCUCAAAUUCAACAAAAAAAAUUCAGUGACCGUCACAGCCCUCCCUAUUCCUCACUCCACAUAAAAUAGCAAAGACAGACUAAAUGGUCUUUGAGAGCUUUUAUUGGAAGGUGGAGGAAACAUCUUAAACCAUUUUGAGUGGAAAUGAAAAGCAACAUUCCAUCCAUGUACAUGUAUUUACAGAUGCACUGGCACUUCGAUGCAGGG